CGCCGAUACAAAAUCCAACGGCCAUCCUGUCAUCUCAACCAACACAUUGCCACAUUGCCCUCUGAUCUAUUUAAACGCCAAAUUCCCAAACUGCAAAGUUCAGGAAAUUUAGCUAGCUUAGAAAUUUCCUAACAAAACCCCCAUUUUCCUCCAACAUCUCGCCAAAUCCGACGAACGGAAUCCAUCGGAAUGGAAAACGGUAACGGGAUCGGUAACGGCCAUUCGCAGGACAUUUUCGUCCGGCAGCACCAACGGACGGAAACUGAUCCCUUAAACUGGAAUGCGGCGGCGGAGGCGCUGAAGGGAAGCCACCUGGACGAGGUGAAGAGAAUGGUGGAAGAUUACAGGAGGGCGACGGUUCGUCUGGGCGGGGAGACGCUGACGAUAGGGCAGGUGGCGGCGGUGGCGGGGAGGAGAGCGGCGGAGGUGAAGGUGGAGCUGUCGGAAGCGGCGAGGGCGGGCGUGAAGGCCAGCAGCGAUUGGGUGAUGGAAGGAGUGGAGAAGGGGACUGAUAGCUAUGGUGUGACGACUGGGUUCGGUGCGACGUCGCAUAGACGGACAAAGCAAGGCGCUGCUCUUCAGAAAGAGCUUAUAAGGUUCUUGAAUGCUGGGAUAUUCGGGUUUGGGACGGAAUCGUCCCACAUGCUGCCCCACUCCGCCACCCGGGCCGCCAUGUUAGUCAGGGUCAACACCUUGCUCCAGGGUUACUCCGGCAUCAGGUUCGAGAUCUUGGAAGCUAUGACCAAGCUGCUCAACCACGACAUCACCCCCUGCCUCCCUCUCCGUGGGACCAUCACAGCAUCUGGCGACUUGGUCCCGCUCUCAUACAUUGCUGGGAUCUUAACUGGCCGGGCCAACUCCAAAGCUGUCGGUCCGAACGGGGACUCUCUAAACGCACAACAGGCGUUCAGAGAGGCCCAGAUCGGUUCCGGGUUUUUCGAACUACAACCCAAAGAAGGCCUGGCGUUGGUGAACGGAACCGCCAUCGGGUCCGGCUUGGCAUCGACUGUGUUAUUUGACGCUAAUGUUUUGGUGCUCUUGGCAGAGGUUUUGUCGGCAUUUUUCGCUGAGGUCAUGCACGGAAAGCCCGAAUUCACCGACCAUUUGACCCAUACAUUGAAACACCACCCGGGACAAAUCGAGGCCGCCGCAAUAAUGGAACACAUUCUAGAAGGUAGCUCGUAUGUAAAAGAGGCACAAAAGGCCCACGAAUUCGACCCGUUAUUAAAGCCCAAGCAGGAUCGUUACGCCCUUCGGACGUCGCCGCAAUGGUUGGGCCCACAGAUUGAGGUAAUCCGAGCGUCGACGAAGAUGAUAGAGAGAGAAAUCAAUUCGGUUAAUGACAACCCAUUGAUAGAUGUCUCAAGAGAUAAGGCCUUACAUGGAGGGAACUUCCAAGGCACGCCGAUCGGCGUCUCUAUGGAUAAUGUCCGAUUAGCUAUCGCCUCCAUCGGAAAACUGGUUUUUGCCCAGUUCUCCGAGCUGGUCAACGAUUUCUACAACAACGGGUUGCCAUCAAAUCUCUCUGGUGGCCGGGACCCGAGCUUGGAUUACGGGUUCAAAGGGGCAGAGAUCGCAAUGGCGGCGUACUGCUCGGAGCUCCAGUUUCUCGGCAACCCAGUGACGAAUCACGUCCAGAGCGCCGAGCAACACAACCAAGACGUGAACUCUCUGGGUUUGAUCUCGUCGAGGAAGACCGCUGAGGCGGUUGACAUUCUUAAGCUUAUGUCUGCCACAUACAUGGUUGCGCUUUGCCAAGCCGUUGACCUUAGGAACUUAGAGGAGAACUUGAAGGCCUCUGCGAAAAACGCUGUCAGUAUUGCUGCGGAGAUAGCGUUGACCGUUGAUUGUAAAGGCGAACUACUCAAAGUAGUUGAUCGAGAAUACGUCUUUGCCUACGCCGACGACCCAUGCAGCAGAAACUACCCUUUGAUGCCAAAACUGCGGGAAGUCCUGGUGGGCCACGCCAUGUCCGGCAGAGAGUCGGAGAGGAACUCCAGCAGCUCUGUUUUCCUGAAGAUCGGCGCCUUCGAGGAGGAACUCAGGUGGGUUUUGCCGAGGGCGAUGGCGAGCGCGAGGGGUGAUGUGGAGAGUGGCACGCCCGCAAUUCCUAAUCGCAUUCGGGAUUGCCGGUCCUACCCAAUGUACAAGUUUGUGAGGGAAGAUUUGGGUACGGUAUUGUUGACGGGCGAGUUGACGAGGUCACCGGGGGAGGAAUGUGACAAGGUGUUCAUGGCCAUUUGUGAAGGAAAAUUGAUCGAUCCACUGCUGGAUUGUUUGAAAAGAUGGAAUGGUUCUCCUGUGCCUAUUCUUAACUUGAAACACUUUGGGGUAUAUUCAAAUUAAUCUGUAGUAAUUUACAAGUUAGGGUUACAAUUUGCACUAUUUGUAAACUUAUUACCUAAAUAAGAUGUCUUAUAUAUAUUCACGUUGUUGUUGUUGUUAUUGUUGUUAUGUUUGUACUUUGACUUAUGGAAAAGAAAAUUUCCUAACUUAAAAUAAAACGUAUUAAAUCAGUCAAAGUAAGACUUCAAUA